AUGUCUAACUUUGAGCCAGUUGUUGUAAUUGACGGUAAGGGCCAUUUAUUAGGUCGUUUAGCCUCCAUAAUCUCCAAACAGAUUCUUAACGGCCAAAAAGUUGUUGUUGUUAGAUGUGAAGAAUUGAACAUUUCUGGAGAGUUUUUCAGAAACAAAUUAAAGUACCACGACUACUUGAGAAAAUCUACUAGAUAUAACAAAACCAAGGGACCUUUCCAUUUCAGAGCUCCUUCAAGAAUUUUAUACAAGGCUAUCAGAGGUAUGAUUCCACACAAAACAGCAAGAGGUAAAGCUGCUUUAGAAAGAUUAAAGGUUUUCGAAGGUGUUCCACCACCAUACGAUAAGAAAAAGAGAGUUGUUGUGCCACAAGCUUUAAGAGUCUUGAGAUUGAAACCAGGUAGAAAAUACACUACUGUUGGUAAAUUGUCAUCAUCCGUUGGUUGGAAAUACGAGUCAGUUGUUAAGACUUUGGAAGAAAAGAGAAAAUUACAAUCUGCUGAAUAUUACGCUAAGAAGAGAGCUUUGAACAAGAAGUUGAAUGCUGCUAAGGCUUCUACUGCCGAUUCUGAAACUGCCCAAAAAUUGGCAACUUUCGGAUACUAA